AUGUCUCGCCGCAAGCAAGGCAAACCCCAGCACUUAAGCAAACGGGAAUUCUCGCCCGAACCUCUUGAAGCCAUUCUUACAGAUGAUGAACCAGACCACGGCCCGUUGGGAGCUCCGGAAGGGGACCAUGACCUCCUCACCUGUGGGCAGUGCCAGAUGAACUUCCCAUUGGGGGACAUUCUUAUUUUUAUCGAGCACAAACGGAAACAAUGCAAUGGCAGCCUCUGCUUAGAAAAAGCUGUGGAUAAGCCACCUUCCCCUUCACCCAUCGAGAUGAAAAAAGCAUCCAAUCCCGUGGAGGUUGGCAUCCAGGUCACGCCAGAGGAUGACGAUUGUUUAUCAACGUCAUCUAGAGGAAUUUGCCCCAAACAGGAACACAUAGCAGAUAAACUUCUGCACUGGAGGGGCCUGGCUUCCCCUCGGUCUGCACACGGAGCUCUAAUCCCCACGCCCGGGAUGAGCGCAGAGUACGCCACGCAGGGUAUUUGUAAAGAUGAGCCCAGCAGCUACACAUGUACAACUUGCAAACAGCCAUUCACCAGUGCAUGGUUUCUCUUGCAACACGCACAGAACACUCAUGGAUUAAGAAUCUACUUAGAAAGCGAACACGGAAGUCCCCUGACCCCGCGGGUUGGUAUCCCUUCAGGACUAGGUGCAGAAUGUCCUUCCCAGCCACCUCUCCAUGGGAUUCAUAUUGCAGACAAUAACCCCUUUAACCUGCUCAGAAUACCAGGAUCAGUAUCCAGAGAGGCUUCCGGCCUGGCAGAAGGGCGCUUUCCACCCACUCCCCCCCUGUUUAGUCCGCCACCGAGACAUCACUUGGACCCCCACCGCAUAGAGCGCCUGGGGGCGGAAGAGAUGGCCCUGGCCACCCAUCACCCGAGUGCCUUUGACAGGGUGCUGCGGUUGAAUCCGAUGGCUAUGGAGCCUCCCGCCAUGGAUUUCUCUAGGAGACUUAGAGAGCUGGCAGGGAACACGUCUAGCCCACCGCUGUCCCCAGGCCGGCCCAGCCCUAUGCAAAGGUUACUGCAACCAUUCCAGCCAGGUAGCAAGCCGCCCUUCCUGGCGACGCCCCCCCUCCCUCCUCUGCAGUCCGCCCCUCCUCCCUCCCAGCCCCCGGUCAAGUCCAAGUCCUGCGAGUUCUGCGGCAAGACGUUCAAAUUUCAGAGCAACCUGGUGGUGCACCGGCGCAGCCACACGGGCGAGAAGCCCUACAAGUGCAACCUGUGCGACCACGCGUGCACGCAGGCCAGCAAGCUGAAGCGCCACAUGAAGACGCACAUGCACAAGUCGUCCCCCAUGACGGUCAAGUCGGACGACGGCCUCUCCACCGCCAGCUCCCCGGAACCCGGCACCAGCGACCUGGUGGGCAGCGCCAGCAGCGCGCUCAAGUCCGUGGUGGCCAAGUUCAAGAGCGAGAACGACCCCAACCUGAUCCCGGAGAACGGGGACGAGGAGGAAGAGGAGGACGACGAGGAAGAGGAAGAAGAGGAGGAAGAGGAGGAGGAGGAGCUGACGGAGAGCGAGAGGGUGGACUACGGCUUCGGGCUGAGCCUGGAGGCGGCGCGCCACCACGAGAACAGCUCGCGCGGCGCGGUCGUGGGCGUGGGCGACGAGGGCCGCGCCCUGCCCGACGUCAUGCAGGGCAUGGUGCUCAGCUCCAUGCAGCACUUCAGCGAGGCCUUCCACCAGGUCCUGGGCGAGAAGCAUAAGCGCGGCCACCUGGCCGAGGCCGAGGGCCACAGGGACACUUGCGACGAAGACUCGGUGGCCGGCGAGUCGGACCGCAUAGACGAUGGCACUGUUAAUGGCCGUGGCUGCUCCCCGGGCGAGUCGGCCUCGGGGGGCCUGUCCAAAAAGCUGCUGCUGGGCAGCCCCAGCUCGCUGAGCCCCUUCUCCAAGCGCAUCAAGCUCGAGAAGGAGUUCGACCUGCCCCCGGCCGCCAUGCCCAACACGGAGAACGUGUACUCGCAGUGGCUGGCCGGCUACGCGGCCUCCCGGCAGCUCAAAGAUCCCUUCCUCAGCUUCGGAGACUCCCGACAAUCGCCUUUUGCCUCCUCGUCGGAGCACUCCUCGGAGAACGGGAGCUUGCGCUUCUCCACGCCGCCCGGGGAGCUGGACGGAGGGAUCUCGGGGCGCAGCGGCACGGGAAGUGGAGGGAGCACGCCCCAUAUUAGUGGUCCGGGCCCGGGCAGGCCCAGCUCAAAAGAGGGCAGACGCAGCGACACUUGUGAGUACUGUGGGAAAGUCUUCAAGAACUGUAGCAAUCUCACUGUCCACAGGAGAAGCCACACGGGCGAAAGGCCUUAUAAGUGCGAGCUGUGCAACUAUGCCUGUGCCCAGAGUAGCAAGCUCACCAGGCACAUGAAAACGCAUGGCCAGGUGGGGAAGGACGUUUACAAAUGUGAAAUUUGUAAGAUGCCUUUUAGCGUGUACAGUACCCUGGAGAAACACAUGAAAAAAUGGCACAGUGAUCGAGUGUUGAAUAAUGAUAUAAAAACUGAAUAG